GUCACGAUGGGGCUCCCAGUCCAGGCGGCUGGCGGGGGGUGUUUGUCUCCCUCUAUCGUUAUCGAAAAUUUAGCAAAAAACAUUUAUAACCCAGAAGUUCGGGGUAAUGUCCAAGUAUUAAGUGUUAUUUAACCCAUAUCAGUUGGCAUUUCGGCGAGAUUCGAUAUUUAUCCACUUCGAUGUUUGCUUGAAUGUUUAGGCCAGGCGUCCAUUUUCUUUUUCUUCUCUUUGUUUCCUGUCUUUCCCCACUGAUAGAAACCCGCCGUUUCUACAUCUAACGUUAGCAGUCCAACGUAAAGCUAGUUAGCUAACUCGGCUACUUAGCUAGGCGGCUCACAACUUUUCCACCCAAGCAAGAUUUAAAGGAGUUUACAACAACUGGAACUAUUUUUACAAACAGAAAAAAAACCGUACAGCAUUUCACAAGAAACUGCAUUCAUAAUCGGUUAUUACACCAGGCCAACGGCCAGGUUAGCUUAGCUACUUAGCUACCUCGGUAAUUUGUUCGCGCCCCUCCUAACUGAGCAAAUUCAAUUCAAAUGCUGAGUCUUUCCUGGGUCCAGUGCUAACGUUAGCUUACAAGUAUUACCCAUGGAAGGGGGACCGACCGAGGUGGUGGAGGAGGCCGGUGACGCCUUUAAGGCCAAAGAGUGCAAGACCUAUGUGCGGCGACGCGAGGACGAAGACGUCGGUGCAGAUUUGCUGCAGGCGGCUGGCCUGGAGGCUGUAGAGCAGUCAGAGGAGGUUGAUGCAGAGACGCAUCAGCUGGUGGAGGGUGUGGUGAAUGUCAACAGUAGCGUGGAGAUGAUGGUCAUGGACGGCCUUGAUCCGGCACUGCUCCAGAUGAAGACCGAAGUAAUGGACCCUUCUGGGGUGGCCGGAGCGCCUCAUGAGGCCACGGUGACCACAGUGGACGACACGCAGAUCAUCACGCUGCAGGUGGUCAACAUGGAGGAACAGCAGCUGGGACUGGGCGAACUGCAGCUGGUGCAGGUGCCCGUCUCGGCCGUGCCAGUCACUGCUGCUACAGUACAGGAGCUGCAGGGCACCCUGGUGGAUGCCACCGCCAUGCCUAAAGAUGGAGAGCCUGUCAUCUGCCACACUUUACCACUGCCCGAGGGAUUCCAGGUGGUGAAAGUCGGAGCAAACGGAGAGGUGGAGACCGUGGAGCAGGAUGAGCUCCAACCACAGGAGGAACCCCAAGCCCAGGAGGAGGGCGAGGAGGAGAUCACCGAACCCCAGAAUGAGGAUCCCACCUGGUCCAAAGACCCUGACUACCAGCCCCCUCUCAAGAAGACCAAGAAGACAAAGAAGAGCAAGCUGCGCUACAACACAGAGGGCGAGAAGGACAUGGAUGUCUCUGUGUACGAUUUUGAAGAAGAGCAGCAGGAGGGCCUGCUUUCAGAGGUCAACGCUGAAAAGGUGGUGGGCAACAUGAAGCCGCCCAAACCCACCAAAAUCAAAAAGAAGGGUGUGAAGAAGACAUUCCAGUGCGAACUGUGCAGCUACACCUGCCCCCGCCGCUCCAACCUGGACCGCCACAUGAAGAGCCAUACGGACGAAAGGCCCCACAAGUGUCACCUGUGCGGCCGUGCCUUCAGAACGGUCACUCUUCUGAGAAACCACCUGAACACCCACACGGGCACCAGACCGCACAAGUGCACUGACUGUGACAUGGCAUUCGUGACCAGCGGAGAGCUGGUGAGGCAUCGACGCUACAAGCACACCCACGAGAAGCCCUUCAAGUGCUCCAUGUGUGACUAUGCCAGUGUGGAGGUGAGCAAACUGAAGCGGCACAUUCGCUCCCACACCGGAGAGCGUCCCUUCCAGUGCAGCCUGUGCAGCUACGCCAGCAGAGACACGUACAAGCUGAAGAGACACAUGAGGACACACUCGGGGGAGAAGCCCUACGAGUGCUACAUCUGCCACGCCCGCUUCACCCAAAGUGGCACCAUGAAAAUGCACAUCUUGCAGAAACACACUGAGAAUGUGGCAAAGUUCCAUUGCCCACACUGCGACACAGUCAUUGCCCGCAAGAGUGACUUGGGUGUGCACCUGCGUAAGCAGCACUCCUACAUCGAGCAGGGCAGGAAGUGCCGCUACUGUGAGGCUGUGUUCCAUGAGCGCUACGCCCUCAUCCAACACCAAAAGUCCCACAAGAACGAGAAGCGCUUCAAGUGCGACCAGUGCGACUACGCUUGCCGGCAGGAGCGCCACAUGGUAAUGCACAAGCGCACCCACACCGGCGAGAAGCCGUACGCCUGUAGCCACUGUGAGAAGACCUUUAGACAGAAACAGCUGCUGGACAUGCACUUCCGCCGCUACCAUGACCCUAACUUCGUGCCCACCUCCUUUGUGUGCACCAAGUGUGGCAAGACAUUCACCCGCAGGAACACCAUGGCCAGACACGCAGAGAACUGCAACGGCCAGGACACCACUGAUGGAGAGAACGGGGCUCCGCCUAGGAGAGGGCGUGGCAGGAAAAGGAAGAUGCGCAGCAGGAAAGACGAUGAUGACGACAGCGAAGAUCACGGUGAGCCCGACCUGGAUGAAGAUGAUAUCGAUGAGGAGGAUGAAGAAGAUGAGGAGGCUCUGGAUGAAAUGGAGAUGGAGGUGGAGCAGGCCCCGCCUAGUGUGCCCAUCCCGGCGCCCGCCUCCCCGCCUGUUAAGAGGAAACGCGGCAGGCCCCCCAAGAACGCCCCCAAGAUCACCCCCACCAAAGCACCCGCAGCGGCAGCCAUCAUUCAGGUGGAGGACGAGAGCACGGGGGCCAUAGAGAACAUCAUCGUGAAGAAGGAGCCUGAAGGAGAGGCGGCAGCAGCUGCCCCCGCAGCCGAAGUGCAAGCCGAGGAGGUCGCUGUGGAAACAGUGCAGCUGCCGGUGUCUGAGGCGGCGCCCAAUGGCGACCUGACCCCUGAGAUGAUCCUGAGCAUGAUGGACCGGUGAUGUGUGGCGGCAAGGACACGCGUGAUUGCGCAACGUGGCGCGACUCUCACUUACACACACAUGCACACACUCACACUCGCUCUAACACAAAGAGAAACAAACAGACAGACAAACAAACAAAAAAACAAACACACACGCCUCUGCUCCUGCUUUUGUCGCCUUGCCUCACCCCGCCUCCCCAGAAUUCCUCAGCCCCACCCUGCACGGCUGUCGGACUUCAUGCACCACUUCUUAACACUUUAACCAUCACUGUUUUGUUUCUUUUCUCUUCUGUUUUACUUCAGUCUAAGCUCUGCACUUUUUUUUUUUUACUGUCGAGUUUCCAGCAGCUGUCCUGGACCUGUACGUGUGGCGGCACCUCUGCAUGAAACAGCCCUUCCAACCCAAUUCAGUUUCUGUUGGAUCUAUGAGCUUUUCUUCUGUGUGCCAUUUUGUGCAUGGGGUGUGUAUGUGUGCAGAGUAGGUACAUGUUUGUGUGUAUGUGCGUGUUUGCUUGCGUGCGUAUGUGCGUUGAGGAGGAGCAGGAGACCGCACACCCAUCCAGACUAGUGUGUCUCAUGAGUUUAGAAUUUUUAUUUUAUUUUUCUCCGACUAACAGAAACCCUUGCUGUGACAUUGCCUUGGCAUCAGUGAGUUUGUUAUGGCCAGGAUAAGACCAGACAUGAUGUUGCGUAACCUUUCCUGUGACUGCUGUAAAUCAUGGGCCUGUAACCCUACCCUGUCAUUGAUCAUCCUUUUAACAUUUGACAAUGUAACAACUUUUAUCCACUGCAUACACCUUUUUUCUUUUUUUUUUCCACCACUCAUGUAAGUUGAAUACGGGCUUUGCUGAGGUGGCUAGGCAACCAUCAGAUAGCCAGGCCAGGGACAGUGACAUCCAUUCAUCCAUCCAUUUAAGUUUUUAAAGACCUGCAGUUUGAUGCGUUGUACAAAAAGAGAAGCGGUAAUCUUGGCUAGUUUUGCUUGUAAAUAAUUUUUAUUUUCUGUUUUAUUAUGAACGUUUUAAUCUUUUUUUUCUAGUGAAUCGGUGACCUUGAAUGCAGGUAACGGAAGGGACAUUGGUGUUUUAACAGUAGACUAUUGGAGAACGUACCGAGUUGAAACUCUUCCAUGGUUUCUAUAAUAACUAAUUAAAAAAAAAAGAAGAAAAAAAGAAAAACAGAAUGCUUUAGAAGAAUCAUGUAGGCAAGCGUGGCUCUUUCACCUGUCCUUUUCUUUCUGUCCUUUGUAGCUUAAAAAAAAACAACUGUCACGUGUACUUAACUCUGCAUUCUCAGAAAGGAUCAGGCCUUGUGCGACCCAAUCUUGCCUACCAUUCAUUGUCCACCUCUAAUGUAUGUGUGGAGAAACAGCGUCAUCUGCGUUUCACCCAAGAAGUGAGCCGUGGUGUUGGUUUGUCUUUGCGUUUUUUUUUUUUAACUCAAGGACAAAAAGGGACACGGUUAGGCACAUGCAUCUAAAAAAAACACUCUGUGUUUUAAAUGUACGGACGGUCUUGUAGAACCAGCUCCAGGUCUUAAAUGUAAAUUAAAUUCUGUUCAUAUUUGUGAAGAAGAUGCUGUUUUUUUUCCCCCUUUUCUAAGAGAUUGAAUGGAAGGUUGUUAGCAGAUGUUUUCUAGCCCACCACUAGAUCGUGAUCUGUUCCUUGUCAGGACUACGUUUGUUAGGGGUGAAGUUGCUUGGAGAAGGAGACAUUGCGGACAACCAUUGAUUGAAUUGAAUGAUUGAAUAUGAGGCGUGCUUUUAGGGGAAGAAUGACUGACUGUAUAAAGUUUUGCCGUUCUUUUGGUAACACAAAAAACCAAGAUUGGAUACUGUCCUUUAUGCGAACAUUUCUGCUGACUUCAAAAUAAGGUUUCUUCCUACAUGUAAUUGCAUUUAAACUGCUUUUCUUUUUCUUUUCGUUUUUUUUUUUCCCUUUGUUUUGUUAAGCUCUUAAUUAUAGGUUGAUGCAUUUUGUACUUAGCUGUACUGUGUGAAUUUUACAUUGGUCAGAAAACCAACAAUAUAAAGACUUUAUUAGGAUUGGGUGGGGCUGAGGGCCCGAGAGAAAGGUGGUGUGGAGAAUGUAUUGCUGUACAGCUAAUAAAAAAAGAAACUAUUGGCUUA